AUGGCCCCGGGGUCCCCCCCUGCCACGUCCCCGACCUGGGAUGGGGACACACGGACACGCGGGGUUGGGACUGUCACAUACAUAUACACACACACACCCGCCUUCCGCGCCACCGGGCCCACGUGCGCCCCGCGCCCAGGGCCGUGGCCUCAGGGUCGUAGCCCCGCCCACCACCGUGGUGGCGGGAGGACCAAAGCAGCUCCGGGCCGGGCAAACGGGCAGCGCGGUAGUACGCAUGUGCGACUCCUAACUGGAAAGGCGGAGCCCUGCCUCUUGAUUGACAGCGUGACGCACGGCUGGGGCUCCCCCCCGACCCCCCCAGCCCCCCGAACCUGGCGGUGGUCCCCCGGGGGGGGCUGUACCGGGAGGGGGUGGGGGCAGCCCCGGGGACGUGCCCCCCUGCCCCUGCUCAAACCGGGAGCCAAGAGCAGCAGCAUCGUCAUCAGCCCGCGGCAGCAGGGCAACCCGGUCCUGAAGUUCAUCUGCAACGUCCCCUGGGAGUUCGGCGACAUCGUCCCUGACUACGUGCUGGGCCAGAGCACCUGCGCCCUCUUCCUGAGCCUGCGGUACCACCACCUCAACCCUGGCUACAUCCACGACCGUCUGCAGCACCUGGGCAGGAGCUAUGGGCUGCAGCUGCUGCUCCAGGUCGACGUGAAGGACCCGCACCAGGCGCUGAAGGAGCUGGCGAAGAUCUGCAUCCUGGCCGACUGCACCCUCCUGGUAGCCUGGAGCCCCGAGGAGGCCGGGAGGUACCUGGAGACCUACAAGGCCUAUGAGCAGAAGCCGCCUGACCUGCUGAAGGAGUGGGUGGAGCAGGAUUUCCUCUCCUGGAUGACUGACUGCCUGACCAGCAUCAAGUUGGUGAACAAGAUGGACGCGCUGAGUCUCCUCACCACCUUUGGGUUGCUGGCAGCUGUGGUGGACGCCUCCAGGGAGGAUCUGUCCCUCUGCCCCAGUGUCGGACCCCAGAAGGCCAAGCGGCUCUUCGAUGUCCUGCAUGAGCCCUUCCUCAAGGUCCCCAAAUGAGCCACCACCCCAAAAUCUCCGGUUUUAUAAUAAAUGGCAUUUAUUGGUGA